AUUGAAAAAAAAAAAAAAACUGGAAAGCUUGCCGCUUCUUUCUGGAAACCUGGUUGAACUCAUAACUUCCAUGGAAGCUUCAACUGGAACCCCUUCGAGCUUCCCAAACCCUCCACCCCAACCCAACCUCGAAAAAAUAAAGCAAAAACUCCUCAAAUACGGCGUUCAGCCAACGCCCAGAAUCCUCCAUAAUCUCCGCAAAAAGGAGAUCCAAAAAUCCAACCGCCGUCUCGCCAAACAGACCUCCAAGCUGCCGCCGCCCCUCUCCGACGCUCAGAGAGAAGCCGUUCUAGAAGAAUCGCAUUUCCGAACCAUAAAGAAGGAAUACAACAAAUUCACCAAAAAUGAAGCAACCGAGAAACUGGUGGGCAAACCCUGGGAGGGAUUGGGGAUGAUUCAAUUGAGAGAGCUCUCGAUCGAUAAAACAGAUUACGAAAGCGAGCGGUUGAAUCCGGAGCAUCUGAUGGAGCUGAGUGACAUAAUUGAGUGCGAGAGGGAUAAAUUUUCCUGGAUUUUGGAUAAGGAUAUCGACCUCGAAGAUGGAUUGUUCGAGAACGAAGGCAGGAAGUGGGCCCCCCGGCAACGCACCGAAGCCGAAUCAAUCAAAUUUCUCGUAGAUAGGUUAAGUGCAACGGAAUUGAGUGCGAAGGAUUGGAAAUUUACGCGGAUGAUGAGAUAUUCGGGGUUACAGUUUACGGAAGGGCAAAUGAUGAAGAUAGUUAAUGGGCUUGGGUAUAAAGGGCAAUGGAAGCAUGCACUCUCUGUUGUGGAGUGGGUUUACACCUCAAAGGAGCAUAUGCAUUUUAAGAGCAGGUUUGUGUACACGAAAUUAUUGGCGGUGCUUGGGCGAGCGAGGAAGCCUCGUGAAGCUCUUCAAGUCUUCAAUUUGAUGCGAGGCGAUGGGCAUAUAUAUCCUGAUAUGGCAGCAUAUCAUAGUUUGGCAGUUACAUUGGGUCAAGCUGGUUUACUGAAAGAGCUGCUGAGUGUUAUUGAAUCCAUGAAGAUAAAACCGAAAAAGAUUAGAAAUAUGAGGCGCAAAAAUUGGAAUCCUGAGCUUCAACCGGAUAAUGUUAUAUUUAACGCUGUUUUAAAUGCAUGCGUUGCAAAAUGCCAAUGGAAGGGAGUAGCGUGGGUUUUUCAACAGUUGAGAAAAAACAGCCUUAGACCCGAUGGAGCAAGCUAUGGGCUGGCUAUGGAGGUGAUGCUGAAAUCUGGAAAAUAUGACCUUGUCCACGAGUUUUUCGGGAAAAUGAAAAGAAACGGGAAAGCUCUAAAAGCCCUGACAUACAAAGUUCUUGUUAGAGCUUUCUGGGAAGAAGGAAAAGUCGAUGAAGCAGUUCAAGCCGUGAGGGAUAUGGAAAGAAGGGGUGUAAUUGGAACAGCAAGUGUAUAUUACGAGCUAGCUUGUUGCCUCUGCUUCUAUGGAAGGUGGCAAGAUGCUAUUUUCGAGAUUAAGAAGCUAAAAGACCUUGGUCCAACGAGGCCUUUGGCGGUGGCCUUCACUGGCAUGAUAAAAUCUGCCAUGGAUGGUGGGCAUGUUCAAGAUUGUGUAUCUAUCUACGAGCACAGCAAAACCCUAAUAUCCCCUGAUAUCGGUCUAACAAAUGCCAUGCUCAAAGUUUAUGGCAGAAACGAUUUGUUUCUUAAAGCUAGAGAAUUAUUUGAGGAAGCCACAAAAAACAAUUUAGAUUCCGAAAUUAUUCCAAAAAAAGCAGAUGCAUUUACUUUCGGCUCCAUGCUCGAGGCCUCUGCAAGGGCCCUCCAAUGGGAGUACUUUGAGCACGUCUACAAAGAGAUGACCCUCUCGGGUCAUCGAUUUGAUCAAAGUAAACACUCUGCCCUAUUAGUGGAAGCUUCUAUAAACGGAAAGUGGCAUUUGCUGGAACAUGCAUUUGAUUCGAUUUUGGAAGCUGGGGAGAUACCUCAUGUGUCGUUCUUCACUGAGAUGAUGUGUCAAGCUACUAUUCGACGUGACUAUGACAGAGCUGUGAGUUUAGUCAACGCAAUGGCCCACGCCCCGUUUCGAGUUGGUUUUCAAGAUUGGAUUAAUCUAUUCGAGGAAAGGAUCAAUAAGGCUAAUUUGAUUGAACUGCAGGAAAAACUCUUUAGUUGUGAUAUAGUGAAAGAAGCCACGGUCUUGAAUUUGACGAGAGCAUUGCAAUUCAUCUGUGGAGACUCGUUACAUUCAAUAGAAAUUCCUGAAGAUAAAGACAGAGAUUCUGAUGAAUGGUCUGGUGGUUUGUCUAGAUUGGCUGAGGAUUUUGAGGACGAUUUGGUAAUCUCGCCGUCUUAUUACGAUGAAGGGAGUGACUCGGAUAUUGACGAGUUCAACUUCGAAGAUGUUGUCCCGAGCGGUGAAGCUGAUGGUUUACGCGAAUCUGGUGCUCCUUCGGCCUUGGAAAUACUGGAGACUUGGAAGGCAAAGUGAAGACAAUUGGUAUUUAUUUGAUAUUUAUAAAGAAUUUAAACACAUUAUAUGGUCAGAUAAAAAAAAAAUUAACCCAUUAUGAUAAACACUAAAUAGAUUUUAUCCAAAAAAAAAAAA